UUAUUUUUUGUUGAAAGAAUUAUCACUGUUGUGCUACCAAUGAAACUUAAUUCUGCAAUAAUAUUACAUGUAAUUUCUCAACUAUUGAUUUCUUCAUAAUCACCAUAGAUGUCUGAUCAAAUGUAAAAAGUCUCAACUUAUAUGUUUGUUUCAAUAUAAUGAAAUACGACAGUUCUCUCCAUGUACGAUUAUUUCGUUGCAUGUAUACGCAGGAACAUUCUGCAACCAUCUACAUGUGAAGGUCGUUCUAGACAAGAGCAGAAGCACGUGUUUCUUAAAUGUGAUCAGGAUUGUGAAUAACGACGUCUGAGAAAAGUGUGAACAUGAAGUAAAGGAUAAAGAACAACUAAAGUGACAGGAAUGGAAGCAAAUGAACAGGUAUUAGAACAGCUGACGACAGGUUAUCCACCGUAUCGAAAGAAAUAUAAAGACAAACAUACGUUUGUAUGCUCGGCAAGAUGGCGGACCGUAUACCUCGUGUACAUAGCCUACGCCCUUCUGUAUAUACACCGGGUCAACCUCAGUCUAGCCGUGGUCUGCAUGGUGGACUUGGAUGUCGAGGAGGGCCAAACAACAAACAACAGUAAGGACAAUGCUGUGGCUGGAAAUCGUACAUCACUACUUAUAGAUGAUAGAUAUGAAACCAUUAACAAAUUCAUCAAUACUACAGAUGAAAGUCAUACUUCAUGGCCAGUUGACAUGGUUAAUUCUUCAAAAAACUAUAUCAGAAGUCGGCUUAAAACAAAAGAUGAUAACUUAACCACAGAGGCCACUAAUACGCCUCUGGCAAAAAUCAGUUCGUGUAGCUCUGGAAACGUCAAAAGAAAGGGUCCAAAACCUAAUAUACAAUGGAGGAAGUCGCUUAUUUCAAUUUUGCUAUCUUCGUAUUUUUAUGGGUCAUUAUUAACCCAGAUCCCAGCAGGAACCCUUGCAGACAUAUUCGGCGGAAAACAUAUCAUGACGGGGGCAAUGGUUUUAACGGCUGUUUGCUCUCUCCUAACGCCUGUGUGUGCCAGAACAGGCAUUGAAUGGGUGUUUGUCUUGCGCAUACUUAUCGGGUUUGCUGGGGGAUCGGUUAUUCCUGCUGGUAAUUCCAUUAUAACCGCUUGGGGACCACCAGCCGAGCGUCCAAGUAUGCUGACAGUGGUGUAUACAGGUUUAUUAGUUGGUGCUGUUGUAUCAAUUCUAACUUCUGGAUUACUUUGUGAACACGGCUUUGCUAAUGGGUGGCCUUCUAUAUUCUAUAUACAUGGUGUUCUGGCAGUUAUUUUUGUGAUAAUGUGGAUUUUUGACGGGUACAGUUUACCCAAACACCAUCCCAGAAUAUCGAAAGAAGAGUUAGAAUACAUAAUUGAGUCCAAAAGGCUAGUUUCGUCUGUGGUCCGUAUGAAGAAAAAGGCUCAAGAUAUGCCCUGGAAAGGCAUUUUGACCUCAAGGCCGAUGUGGGCGUGCUUUAUUACGCAUUUCUGUUUCAACUGGAGUUUCUUCACUGUCCUCAUCAAUGUGCCAUUAUUUCUGAAAGAAGUUCUCAAGUACGACAUUUCGUCAAAUGGCGUCUAUUCCGCACUGCCAUACAUAUUCGAAAUAUUUAGUGGACUUGCCUCGGGAAAAGUUUCAGAUGCCAUAUUGAAAAGGAAGUGUUUAAGCCAUCUUGUUACCAGACGUCUUUUCCAAACAAUGUGUUCAAUAGGAUGUGAAGUAUGUCUGAUCUUUGCUGGCUAUGUCACGUGUGAGGCACGUCAUUUUGCUGUGGUGCUACUGUGCUGUUCAAGCGUUUUCGGAGGCAUGUCGUGUGCAGGAUACGUUGUAAAUCAUCCAGAGUUUUCCGGACAAUUUGCAGGAACUACGUUUGGAAUAACAAACGCAGGAGGCGUAGUUUCAUCCAUAUUGGCGUCAAUGAUCGCCGGCCUUUUAACACCUAAAGGUCUUCAAAGUGAAUGGCAAGUCGUGUUUUACAUCGCUGCAGUUGUUAAUUUCGUCGGAGGGUUGUCAUUUUUAUUCUUUUCUGAUGUAACAUUGCAACCAUGGGCACAAGGCAAACAACAAACUUUCGAAAUUGAAGUGGAUCCGCCAGAAAACGAAUUGCAACAAAUGCAGGCGUAGUAGCUUUUCAUUAUACAAGUUUAGUUGCUUCAGAAAAAUGACAAGCUAAUGCCAGUUGAUGUUAAUGUAAUCAUGUUCGAAAGAGUUAAAUAGCCCCAAAGUUCUGGCUUUACUCGGCGAAUGGAUGAGAAAAUAACUUUGUCAUAUCAAGAGCCUCGUUUUGAGCUUUUGUUAUCUAUUCCAGUUCUGACUUUCCUGUUUAUUUUUAGACAACAAAAGAUCCUUGUAUUUCUUUAGUGUUCAGUGUGUUUGACGCAGACCUUCCGAGCUCAUGUAAAGAUAAACUGACCGAAUGUAAGGGACUCCUUUUUUCUGACACUUCUCACACGUUCUUGUUUAAUACGGUAUACCUCUUUCGUUCGAUAUAUCUGUGCACUGAAAUAAAACUUCUAACAUGAAAUCAAUUAAUAAAUAAUUCCGUUGAGGAAGAUUGUAACUGUUGAAUAUGCGGUUAGUUUGUUUGUAAUGGAAGUGUUCUUGAACCUUUCAAAACUCUUCCGGGCUGAAGCGCGCGAUAUUUGGUUUCUGUGUUUUUAAACAUUAAUUAAAAUAUUGUAGUUUUGUCAUUUUCAUGUGAGAUAGAGGUUUGUGAGUUGAUAACUUGCUCUGUGUUGCUCAGCAUCAAGUGUUUACCUUAGUUUUAGAAGAAUUACAAGUUCGGAAUUUGUAUACUAAACACAUAUUUGAUUUUUAUUGCUCAUGUAAGGAUUCUGGAUCUAGUUUAAGUCCAUCAAUGACUAAUGUUUACAGGUUAAUUAGUUAUAAUUUAUUUGCAGUUCAAUGCGUUUCCGUUCAAAAUCAUGCUCUCGAAAGGCAAUACAUCUCUCACUCCGGCACAUAUCACAUAUUACUCGUUCACAAAUGAGUUUCACUUAAAUGUACAUUAGCUACUUUCUACUGUAUAAAUUUGUAAACAUUUUUAUAUUAAAAGGACUGUGUGUGACACGCCUAAUAUAUAAUUUAGAUUAGUGAAUAUUGCUUUUUUGACACUAUUGUUGUACAUUUUGGUAUAGUUUGUCAUAAGAAAGAAAAUUUACGUUUUGGGAUGCAUAGGUGGCAGUAUUGUAAGGAAUGAUGAAAAGGUCAUACAAUAAGAAAUUCUUAUAAAACAAACCUCUGCGUUCAUUUUUGUAAAAAAUGCAAAAUAAGAUCAGGGAAUUGCGUUUGUCCCGGUUAAAUGACGAUAUGCGCCAACGUGGGACUUGCAGCCUCGUUCUGGGAUUGAUGUUUACGAAAUAUAUUUAUAGAAAACGACACCAUGUCUAAACGUCGCUUUUGUCUUAGGUAUUGUACAACAAUACAGGACAUAUAUCCUUAAACGUUAAACCAUACACUUUCAGUUAAUUUUUGUACGCAAGAGCGUUAUAUUGAAAACAUGGAAACAGUAACUAGCACAUGUCCUUCGUAUCAUCAAGGCGAUUUGAGCAAUAUCGCCAAGCUUGAUUAGCAGUGAAGACAAAACAUUGGUAUAAAGGCCGAUCUCUUAAACCCUUAAUUGGCAUGGUCAUUUAAAUGUACCCAAAAUAAUUGGAAUGUGUUUUAUGUCACUUGUCUAACAGCCAGUAAAUGCAAAAUUACGGGGACUGUUUAUAGUUCCCGGCGAUAUAUCCGAUAUGACGCGUGUAUAGUGUCAUCAAGUUCACACCUAUGGCAUUAGGGGUCGUUGUAAAAACAAGACAGACGAAGAUGACAGUUGUAGGCAAAAAGUGUAUUAAUUUAUUAUUUCAACAAAAACAUCGAAUAUUCGAAUACCUAUUUUGACAUUCGAAUACCAAACGUUCGAUCGAAUAUUCGAAUAUUCGAAUAUUCGUUUGCAUCCCUAAUAAGAAUGGAUAAAACCCAUUGAAUUUCUGGCCCAUUCCACAUCGUUGUUAAACUGUUUGCGCGAACGCGAUCGUACAUCCAAGUUCUAAAAUGCAAGUGGAGAGAUGUGUUCAUAAACUUGGCAAGGGAUGGAAACGUCUCGCAGACAUUUGUAUAUUAAGUCCUCAAUUUGCUUAUUUGUUUGCUUUAAUUUAUGAAAAUCAUGAAGGUUAUGUCACGUUUAACCUAAUGUUUAGAAUCGACUUCUGUAGAUAUGGUAUGGAAACAAAUAUGUUGUAUUUGAUUUUCUAUUGUGAUUCUAUUGAAAUGUGUUUUUUUAUGGUUUGCUUACUAUUACUCAACACGUUUUUAUUCUUGUGGUUUGUCUUUGUAUAUAUGAUGUACAUUAUCUCUCAUAUAGUCCAGUGUGUAAAAGCAUGCAUGAUAAUGGAAUAUUCUGCAUCUAAGCAAUUUCUAUAAGCUAUUAUUAAAAAUGUGUGCAUAAAUAUGUAUAAUAUAUUUGAACAAAAGUUAACUUCCUCAAUUAAGGAUGAAAGAAGUAAAUAUAAUAAGUUAGGGGUUAGUAGGUGGCCCGAUAUGGGAUAUACGGGGCAAAGGAAACCAUAUCGUGAGACAUGUUUAAUGUUUCAUUUAUUCAUCGUAACAUUCAUCGGAAUCGAAAAAUAGACGCCAUUUUAGUACGAUAUAAAGUUGGUGACCCAAUAUAGAAAAAUACGGGUUCACCGCGUGACCAGUCCUGGACAAAUGGCGUUGCGUAAUUUAUGUUAGUUGAAAUCUAGAGGAAAAUAGAAUAACUUUAUUUAUAACGUUUUUACAGUCAUGUACCUCAUAAUAUAUUGGUUACCAGCAUGUGACAUAUUCUAAAAUAAAUGUUACAAUGUACGUUCACGAGUUUCCCAAUACUUUGUAUUUAUAAUUUCCUCAUGUCUCUAAAUUACGUUUGCAUUGAGUGUAUGAAUAAACAUUUAAACCCUAAAAUUAAGUUUCUUUAUAAAUCAAAACAGGUUUAACCAUUUUUUGUUGAAAGCAUUCUCACUGUUGUGCUACCGAUAAAACUUAAUUUUGCAACAGUAUUACAUGUAAUUUCAAAACUAUUCAAAAUAAACAUAGAUGUGUGAUCAAAUGUAAAAAGUCUCGACUUAUAUGUGUCUUCUUUAUGUUGCUAAACUCGAAGAGUAUAAUAAGAAAGCCUAAUUGUUAUGAUGGGUAC